GAAGUGUGACGUCGGAGGAAGGAGACGCCAUUAGAGGGAGGCGGAGAACGAGUGUUCUUCUUUUCUCUGGUUCUUGACGUGGUGGCUGGGGCCCUUCAUUCUCGGACUUUCCCUCGGUCUUUCCAGGCCUCACCCAGUGGAGGGAGUGGAGGCGGCGCCCGGGGCAGGCGGUGCCUGUGCGGAGGGGGCUGCGCCGGCCUCUGUUGUGAAGGUGUUGCGGCGGCUGUGGGGACCUCGGCGCGGCUCUAGGGCUCCGGCGGCCGGGAAGCGACGGGAUGGCUGCGGCCGGCGGCGGCGGCGGGGCGGCGGCGGGCCGAGCCUACUCGUUCAAGGUGGUGUUGCUUGGGGAAGGCUGCGUAGGGAAGACGUCGCUGGUGCUGCGCUACUGUGAGAACAAGUUCAACGACAAGCACAUCACCACCCUGCAGGCAUCUUUCUUAACAAAGAAGUUAAAUAUUGGUGGGAAAAGAGUGAACCUUGCCAUAUGGGACACAGCAGGUCAAGAGAGAUUCCAUGCAUUGGGUCCAAUUUACUACAGAGAUUCAAAUGGAGCUAUUUUAGUUUAUGACAUAACAGAUGAAGAUUCUUUUCAAAAGGUGAAAAACUGGGUCAAAGAAUUACGGAAAAUGUUGGGAAAUGAAAUCUGUUUAUGUAUAGUUGGUAAUAAAAUAGACUUGGAAAAAGAGAGACAUGUUUCCAUUCAAGAAGCAGAAUCGUAUGCAGAAUCUGUGGGGGCAAAACAUUACCAUACUUCAGCCAAACAGAACAAAGGAAUUGAGGAACUCUUUCUUGAUCUUUGUAAAAGGAUGAUAGAAACAGCACAAGUGGAUGAAAGGGCAAAGGGCAAUGGUUCCAGUCAACCAGGAGCUGCAAGGCGAGGUGUACAGAUUAUCGAUGAUGAACCUCAAGGCCAGAGUGGUGGUGGAGGGUGCUGUUCUUCUGGAUAACUAUUCAUGCAUAAGAAAUUUAAAAAAAUCAAAGAUAAAAGAAAAGAAAAAAAAUACUGUGGAUCAUUGCUGUCAACAUGAAGACUGCCAUAUUCCAAGUCACAUUGUUUUACCAAUGGAGUUAUAGAAUUAACAGUAUUUUAAAUUACGUUUAUAACACUGCAGAGACCUUAAGUGCUAAACUUAGUGAGUUUGUGACCAGAGAAUUGGCAUUUUCUACGGAUGUUAAAGCAAUUACCAAUGGCCUUUUUACAUAUUUUUUUUCUUUAAUGAGGAAUAAUAUGCAUGUAGAAAAGACCUACUUAAAGGCUUCAUUUAUAUUCUUUUAAAUCAAUUCUUUAUUUAAUAACUUAUAUAUGUUGUUGAAUGGUAUACAUUUUUGCAGCCCUUUGUAUUUUGUGGUAGUUUGAAUUGUAUCACUUCUAAACACAAACUUUUUUUUUUAUUUUUAAUUAGCAGAUACCUGAAGUACUAUUUUUGCAGGGUUUGCACAGGUCCCUAACUGUCUACUACUUUGAUAUAAUCUAUAUACAUCCUGUAUGCUAAGCUGGUAAAAUACAGUGUAAAUUACAUAUUAAAUAUUUUAUCUGCUUUUCCAAGCGCAAGGUGCAAAAAUAUAUACAAUAGUCUUAUUGAUGACUGUAAAGUGAAUUAACAUUCAGUGAUAAUGCCUAAGCUUUUUGAUUCUAUCUGAUAAGAUCAUAAAUCCCCUUCACUUUUGUCUUAACUUGAAAGUGAGUGUGUUUAAAUUUCCACAAAUACUUUACUUGAACUACUGCUGUUGUCACAUUUUUUUGCCUCUGUAAAUCCAUCUGAUGACUGGGUAGCAGCAUUUGCCUUUUUGGUUGGGUUUUUGUUUUUUGGGGGAAUAAAAGAGAUGACUUUUACAAUGGUUACGUUAGAAGUUUUUAAGUGGAGCAUGCUGAGUUUCACUUCUGUAACAGCUUCAGUUUUCUUUUAGGCUUUAUAUGAGAUGGGUUCACUGGUGUGAGGAGAGAGAAAGAGGUCCUGCACUCAACCAAGAUUCAUUCAUACAGUAUGUUAGUGGUAGCUUAUGCUCCUGAGGCAGCACUUUUACAUCUUUUUGUAAGCAAGUGGUGUUUGUUCAUUGCUUGCCAGAGAUGAACACAGAAGUUUUGUUUCAUUUUGUUUAUCCUUCUGAGUUUUUAUGAAGGGAAGCAGUUCAUGUAAUGCAGUUAAAGCAAACACUGGAAAGAUUUAUUAUAAAAUUAUAUUCUUGUAUACUUUGUAAAUUAGUCCCUCUUUUUUUAAAGCAUAGGACUGAACUUUAAUUUUAGUAGAAUCAGGCACUGCUCACAGAAGGAACACAGAUUGUGGAAAUUAACAGAAAUUGUUCUUGUUGUAAUAUAUAUAUUUUUCCAUUUUCUGUCAUGCCUGGAAAUCUAGUAAAUGUUAUAUCUAAGAUAAAGUGGAAUGGUCCCUGGAUUUACUUGUUAUAAAAAACAGUAGUAUGCAAGAAAGCUGUUAGCAUGAGUAAUUAGGAGGUUAAAAUUACUGAAAAGGUAUUACCAUAUUUUAGAAGUAAUAGCUUAAACUUUCUCAAAUGGGUUAAAAGUUAAAUAGACAACCUUGGUGUUAUGAUGUUAGAAUUUCAACUUAGUAUUAAGUGUUCCAUAAGCCCUUACUUUACUUUCUUUAAGUAUUGUCCUUGCCAAACUUAACACACUGACCUUUCUAAUUUUGGGAGGGUGGGUGUGGAAAGAGUUAGAGAAGGUAAGUUAAAAUUGUCUUCUUUUAUGGGAUGACUGUACUCUGCAUAAUCUCUUGGUUUUCUGUGAAGUGGGGUGGGGGAGGGGGAGGCAGCAAGCAUCAGAAGUACAGAAACAGAAACUGUUUUACCCUUCUGGUUCUUUCACAGAGAGAAAAGAGUUUUGCUAAUCCUUUUGGUAUAGGUGGGAAAUAAGCUCUUCUCCACUGGAGUGAAAUACAUUUUUUAUAACAAGUUAGAGAUGAAAUUGAGCUUUAUUCCAAAAAACUCAUGGAACCUGAAAGUUGGAGAGCUGUACACUCAAUAUUUGACCCUAUUUUAAUGGUAUAAAGUUCAAAUAAGAGACUCUGCUCCAGAGGUGCCUGAUGAUUAUUGGUGGGGCCCAACCACUCUCCAUACAUAUCCAUAUUUUUUCUUUACUCUACGUUGGAUUCUGUGUAUCUUAACCUCAAGGAUUUCAUUCUUUUUUCUUCACCUGUAAUUUAGGCUAAUUCGAGAGCACCAGUACAUAAUAUGGUAUACCUGUUGUUGCCAUGAGGCUCAAAUUUCAGGUCUUUAGACAGGAGUAUGACAAAAGGGUACUGAAAGAAAACCAAUCAACUGUAGUAUAUAAACAAAUGAUAAAUAUAAACCAUGGCUGAGGAAAAUUUUCUGAUACUUUCUUCAAUUUAAUGUGUGUUUUGUGUUUCUGUCCUUACAGUUGUGCUAUUAGAAGACACAAAUUGCUGUGUUUUGUAAUAUAGGUAGUAAGUAGUUAGGUAUUUUUUUCAGCUAUUAACUGUAUACAUUUAACAUGUAUUAUUGAAAAUUGGUUUAAAGUUGUCUUUAAAAAUACUGAAUAGUACUAUGUUAAAAUUACGCAAUCAUUGCUUCUGUAAUGAUGGUGGGUAUUCUGCUUCUUGUUGGGCUUUGUGAUUACAUGGGAAGAUUACUGUUUUAGAAAAUGUAUAUUGCAACAAUUUGGGGGUAAAACAUAAUCCUAAAAAAAAAGCAUCACAUUAUUCUAUGAAAUAUUUGUGUUUGAAUUUGUUUUGUUCUAGGGUAUCUCCCUAGAAUACUCUAAAGCUGUGGCUGUUACAGCAAAAUUGAAAUCCUUUAAUAUUAGCCAUAUAUUAUUAGUGGAGUACUUUUAAUUUGGCAUUAAAGUAAGGAAGAGGAAUGAUACUUAAUGUUUAGGUUUGCAUUGAUAGAUAAAAUUGGGGAACUAAGGAAGGAGGAUAGUGAGGAGUGGAAUGAAAGGUCAGUAUAAAACCUUAGAAGCUGGCAAUUAUUCUUAAUGCUUUGAAAAAUACAUUGCUUUUAUCAGAUAAUUUCUAAAUAAGACAAGCUAUGCAUUGUGCCAAAUAUUUAGAACAUUUCAAAAAAAUAAAUUGUGAUACUCAUAUAUUAUUUGUAAUUUUCUAUAUUUAAAUGCCAUCAGGAAUCUGGAAUGUUGAUCUUAUGUCUUGAUAAUGUAAUUUACCCUUAUAAUUAUCACUUACAUUGUCUCCAGAAGUAGUUUGAUUUAUGCCUCCAAGUUUUGAAAUUUGUCUUUUGACUUCUGUUGGUCAUUUGAGAAUUUUCAGUUUUCUUUAUAGGUAUAGUGUGACAAAGAGGUAAUAUGUAAUUUGUGCCCAUUUGAGAUGCUGAGAUCUAGCAAAGGGUUUAGGUAGUAGUGAUCAGCAGGAACUUCACAUUAAUGUCUAAAGAUAGACUGAGGAGGUCCUUAAGGACUCUUUCUGAAUUACAAAAUAUAUUAUGUAAAUUUUAAUCAUUAAAAGCCAGAAUUCAUUGAGCAUAUACAUUUACUUGAUUUCAUAGUAGGCAUUGAUUCUAGUAUGUUGAUGAUCUGUUAUUUUUAACCAGCUAUAGCAGAGUAAUGUAUUAGGUGUUGUGGACCAAAAUUCAUGCUAUACAUGUGUCUGAUUUUGACUUUUCUUUUUUCAAGAAGACAAGUUAAUCACAUAUUUAGAGCAAAAUUUUAGUAUUAUAUGCAAUAAAAAAAUGUAGAAAUACUCUUUUUAAAGAGUUUCCAAUUUGAAACAGAAAUGCUUCUCUUCUAAACAAAUACUGCUUUCAUUUGAUAGACCUUUAGUGCUGCUUUUCUGUCCAGGAUUUUUAUAUCACUUCUUUUCUGAAGAGCUCAGUGUGCCUUUGAAUAUUAACUUUUCUACUGCAACAUUUUCUUUGCAGUAGAUAAAUGUGAACAUAGCCAAGUUAUUGUUACACAGCACACCCAUCAAGAACCUUACUCAUAAAGCAUCUUAUUCUCUUCAGAAUCGAUACAUAUUUCCAAAUAUAUCACAUUAAAGACACAAGUUAGGAGAUAGGGCUUAAAUGGCCUUUAUUCCUCCUAUACCAGUUCUCACCACUGAUUUUGAAACUUUCUGGCAACUCAUAACUUUCUGAGUGUUAUGAAGCACUCAGAAAAGCUAAUAGGAUUUCCUUAAUUUGAACAUGUAUAGAGCAAAGAGAGAAGGGUGUGGGAUAGUAGAGAUAAAAGGAUGAUCAUGUUGAAAUUUAAACAACAGUUAUGUUUGCCAAACUUCAGUAGCAAGCUAUUUUAAGGAAACCAUCACAUGUUAGUACUUCCUAGAAAUGUAAAAAUUCCUAAUUUUAUAUUUAAUUGUAUAAGAAAAAAUAAGACUAGAAAGAAAAUAAAGAUAUUCUAAAAUUGCCCCCUCCUAA